GAAAAACAUGAAAAGGAAGACGAGGAGGAAGAGAAGGAGGAGGAGGAGGAGGAGGAGGAGGAGGAGAGACAAAAACAAAAAUUAAAGCAUGAACAAGAACAACAACAAGAAGGAUACAACAACAACAACAACAACAACAACAACAACAACAACAACAACAACACACACAUCCCACAACCCCAGGCCCUUGUCUCGAGUCCUGCCAGUCCUCCUCUCCCCCCCGCAGGACUCUACAUCCUGCAGGACCCCCUAUACAGCACCCUGAGGGACCUUUGGGAGCACCACAUCCCCGUGCAGGAAGUCACAAGCGAGGACCUGAAGGAUUUGAAGGAUCUAUCGAAGGACUCUUUGCAGGACCUCCCUUUAAGACGCCUUGGGGAUGCAGACUCGAUCCUCACCUUCCCUGGGGGUGUAUCCUACAUCCCCUGGUCCCCCAUGGCUCCCUAUGGGGUGAAUCUACCCAUAGGAACUCUUGGUGCCGAAGGAUAUCUGCAGGAUAUCACCUUGAAGGAUCUCUACACGCCUCUAGGAAGCUACAAUCACACGUACACCAUUGACGAGUUACUUCAGGCGUCCUCCGGUGCUGUUAUGAGUUCUACAGCCAAGGAUUUCCCCCUGAAGGACUCCGUAGGAUCCUCCCAGGCAGAGAGCAGCGUGGUGAGUGUGACGCCCUUUCCUUUCGUGGUGAACAGAGACGGUGCAGGGAACUUACUCCUUCAGAAUCCUUACGACCAGCGAUACGUGGUGGUGGGGGUCAGGCCCGCCCCUACAGAUCCCUCGGUCAUCACGCCCACGCAGACCCAGCCCCAGGACUCCCUCUACAGGACCAUAAGGAUACGGCUGCUGGAUGGCGGGGAGACACAGACGCCACAGGAACCACCACAGGAACCACCACAACAACCUGUCUUCGUGCUGCAGACACCACAGCAACCCACACAGUCUGACUACACCACCUUUACACUACAAGCGCCACAGCAAACACCACAACACCCUAUACUGACGCUGCAGACACCACAGCAGCCGGAACAACCAAACUACACCACCAUCAGGCUGCACGCCCCACAGCAAACACCACAGCAAACACCACAGCAAGACGUGACACUGAAUACACAGCUUUUCUACACUCCAGGAAAGCAAAACAACCCACUGCAUCCUUCGGGACCCUCACAGCAUCCUUCAGGACCCUCACAGCAUUCUUUAGGACCCUCACAACAUCCUUCAGGACCCUUACAGCAUUCUUUAGGACCUUCACAGCAUCUAGUUCAUUCACAGCAUCCUUCAGGGCACUCACAGCAUCCUUCAGGACCCUCACAACACAGCCACACGCCUCCCCCUCGCCCUCCUCCCGCCCAUCCUCCUCAUCGCAGCCUCACACCCACCCAGUCCAUGUCCUUCGUCCCGGUGCCCUCCAGCUUCCCCGCCGCGUCGCUAGGAAAUCCCCAGCUCGCCCACAAGAGAUUCGCUACCCACUUGAAUCCUUCGGAGUCCUCGGGCGGCGUCCAGAAAAACGGCGAACUAAAGACUUCCUUCGCUGUCAUCCACGAAGGAUCCCCGCAGUUCACGCAGGAUGUGGCAGUUCCCGAGCAAGGAGGCAUAUCCUACGCAGUCCCAAGUGACUUUACAGGACCCGUCUCAGGCGUCGUGGGAUCCCAAGGCGAGGAGUCGUACAGUGGAGUCAUCGGUGAAGACACGAAGGGCGGGGAAAGAGGCGGUGGUAAGGGGAUAGGAUUUCGCGGAGUCCUUCGAGGCAUCAGGGGACAGGUGAACAAAGGGCUCCACAACAUCCGCGGCCAGGUCAGCAAAGGACUGCAAGGACUCCUUCAGCAGGGAGGCAUCAAGGACCUGCGGGACAAGCUGCAGGAGGGGGAGCUGUCCAGCCUCGUCAGCAGCAGCGUGAAGAAGGUCAGCAACAAACUGAACAGACUGGUGGGGCCUUGGCAGAACCAGAUGGAGACGUCCUUCACCUCCACCAUGGACGACCUGCGGGGGUUCUACGACACGGUGCUGCCCGGGGACUACUUCGAUAAGGUUCUCACGGUGCUGGCCAUCAUCGCCUUCAUCGCCUUCGUGCACGUCAGGGUGUCACUGAUGGUCUCGUCUCUCUCGCAGUCGUCGGUGACCGUCGGGCUGCUGAGGCACGUGCAGGACCUCCUCGGCGCCUGGCGGGAAGACGAAAGGUUCUCAGGAGUGUUUGAGUUCGCCGCCAGCGUGCACGAGGCUGUCGAGGGCUGGACGCAGGCUCAGCUGGACACCUCAGCCUCUGUGCCCUCUAAGUCUCUGUUCGACUCCCUGACAAGCUUCUUCUCACUGCGGGGCGAGGAGGCAGCCGGUGACAAGGACAGUGGCGGCAGUGGCGGCAGUACUGAUAACACCAACUUCUUCGAUAAAAUGUUCUUCAAAAAAGCCUUGUUUCUGGAAGCUGAACACGAGAACAGCGCAUCACCCAACGCCACCACCACCAACACCACAGCCUUCUCGAACCCUUCCUCCUUCCACUACUCCGCACUGCACGCGCCCACAGAAGUAUCCUACGCCUCUGGGAACACGACAGGGGCGCUGGUUCGCGAGGUAGAAGGCCUGGCUCGUCUGGGUGUGUCUCUGGUCAACGCUGCUCUUCAUUUGAGUCCCCACGUCUGGUCCCCGUCCGGCGCCUCGUGUCUGCAGCGCCCUCUGUGUGACCUGAACGAGAGGAGCGACCAGAUGGGAGGACUUGCCGCCUUCAUCUUCCCUAUUGCCAGUACUGCCGUGUCCUGGCUGGUGCGCCCCCCGAAGGACUCUCUGGACCUCCUGGAGACACUACGCCCCCUGUGGCUCUCCGGGACGCAGCACCUGGGGGAAGGAUGCCGACGGAUUCACACCUGCCCCGCCCCUCACACCUGACGCUCCUAUUAGUAAUACCUGUUGUUGCGGUGCACAUUUGAGAUCUUGUUUCGUUAAUGGCAAGAUUGUUAGGAUAGUGCUGACUGGCAGGUAGACGGAUAGACAGACAGAUAGAGAGACAGACACAGGUAACUAGAUAGAUACACUGAUGGAUGGACAGACACACAGGCAGACAGGAAGGCAGACAGACAGAAAGACAGAUAGAGAGACAGACACAGGUAACUAGAUAGAUACACUGAUGGAUGGACAGACACACAGGCAGACAGGAAGGCAGGCAGACAGACAGACAGACAGAUAGAGAGACAGACACAUAGAUAAGUAGAUAGAUACAUUAAUGGAUGGACAGACACAGGCAGGCAGGCAGACAGAUAUGUAGACAGAUGGGUAGACAGACAGACAGAUAGACACACAGAUAAGUAGAUAGAUAAAACUGAUGGAUGGAGACAUACAGGCAAGCAGACAGACAGACAGACAGACAGGCAGACAGACAGACAGACAGACAGACAGACAGACAGACAGACAGACACAAAUAAGUAGAAAGAUAGAUUAAUGAACAAUGUACAACGUAGACAGGAAUAAAGAUAGAAAGAACGAAUGAUGGAUAGGAAUAAGUAGUAUAAAAAAAAGUAAGAAGAAAAGAAGAAAAAAAAAAACAUGCUUGUCUAUAAAGGGAAAAAAAAAAAAUCAGUUUCCUCCAUUUUCCUCACCAUAGUUUGUUGCGUCUUGUUUUCUUGUUUUCCAUCGGUGUAUAAAAUUAAGGAUUAUUAAAAAUGGUU